UAAUAAUUGACGCAGAGAGCUUCGAUCGAUCCACACAGUAGAUAUACGAGAUAUAACGUAUUGCUGGAAAUCUUCUUAAUUUGAACUCCCUGCUCCUCCUCCUCUACUACUUCAUCGAUCUGGUCAUCCUUGUUUGGUCCAAGAAAUAGAGAUGUCAAGUGGGAUACUACAGGUGCUGCUCAUCGAUGCGGAGUUCAUAAUAAACAAAGAGCUCCUUGGUAAGAUGGACCCGUAUGUUUUGAUAAAAUUUGGGAACGAAGAGCGUAAGAGCUCCGUUGCUAAGGGACAAGGCAAGAAACCAGUAUGGAACGAGAAAUUUAAUUUCAAGGCGGAGUAUCCUGGGCAACACAAGGUCAUCUUCAGAGUCAUGGAUAAGGAUACCUUCUCCGCCGAUGACUUCAUCGGUGAAUCAACGAUUUACAUAAAGGAUUUACUAUCACAAGGAGUUGAAGUUGGAAAAUCCGAGCUUCCACUCAGUAAGUACAGACUCGUGCUGGACGAUUUGAAUUACAGUGGAGAGAUUCGAAUUGGUAUCACUUUUACCAGCAAGGCUGAAGAGGAGAUGGAAGGGGAUAUUGGUGGAUGGAAACAAAGCUUCUUUUAACUUUUACACCGCGCGAGUCUCUUUGUAUUUUUACUUCGUGGGAUGGGGUGGGAAUGAACAUUCAUUUUGUAAGGCUUCCGGUGCUCCAUGAACAAAAAAUGAAAGUUUAUUCAA